UUGCCACUUAGAAGUGAUAAAGUGGUAUAAAAUAGCUGGUUUCAGAAUGAGACUAGUGAAACAAAGGUCCGCUAUGACAUCUGCGGCGCUGCUUGUUUUUUUGGUCCUAGUUUCUUUUGGUCAUGGGGCGAAAGAAAAACCGGAACUUGGCGAGGAAAUCAAAGAAAUAAUAGAACAUGUUCACAACGAGUGUGUCGGUAAAACCGGGGUGGCUGAGGAGGACAUUGUGAAUUGUGAAAACGGCAUAUUUAAGGAGGACAACAAAUUGAAGUGCUACAUGUUUUGUUUAUUGGAAGAAGGGAGUCUUGUGGAUGAGGAUGGCAAUGUCGAUUACGACUUGAUGAUCAGCUUGAUCCCCGAGAAAUACACCGAUCGCGUCAGGAAAAUGAUUAAUGCUUGUAAACAUCAUGAUACGCCGGGCAAAGACAAUUGCCAACGAGCAUUUGAUGUUCACAAAUGCUCAUACGCGGCAGAUCCAAACUUUUACUUUUUAUUUUAGUACCGACUGCAGAUGCUAGCUGACUUUGGGAGAAGUCUGUAAUUCUAUCAUUAAAAUAUAAAUAUCAUUUAAAA